ACAAAAACUUGUUUUCGUGUUUUGUAUCCAAAGUUCUUUGCUGAUAUCCUCAGAUUUUUCAAGAUUUUCCCGUAAUUUUGGCCUAGAAUUUGAUUCCAUCCAUCAGUAUACAACAUGGGAUGUGAUGGCGGAACCAUUCCCCGGCGGGACGAGCUGGUCCGCAUGAAGAAGAAACCAGAGCAGAAAGACAAAGACGCCGAGCGGCAGUUCCGCUGGAAGCACUGCACCAUCACGCAGGAACGUCUCCGCAAGCCAAUCGUAAUGUGUGGCCUCGGGCGGCUCUACUCGAAGCAGAACGUCAUCGAGUGUCUGCUGGAGAAGGACAAAAUGCCCGAGUCUUGCGCGCACAUCAAAUCGCUGAAAGACGUAAAGGAUCUGAAGUUGACCGCGAAUCCGGCGUACGAUUCCGAUCGGGACGACAAGAGUGCCGAGUUUAUUUGCGCGUUGAUUGGGCUGGAAAUGAGCGGCCAGUUCCGGUUUGUUGCCCUGUGGACGUGCGGCUGCGUGUUUUCGGAGCGCGCUCUGAAGGAGGUCAAGGACAAGACUUGCUCGUCGUGCCAGACCCCGUUCUCCGAGCAGGACGUCGUAAUCUUGAACGGAUCGGACGAGGAUGUCGACCUGAUGAGGACCCGACUGGACGCGCGAGUGGCCCGUCUGAAGGCCGAGAAGAAGGCCAAAGCGGACAAGAAAGCUAAGGCAAAAGCAGAAUCAACCGUCACUUCAACGGCUACCUCAUCCGAGGCCGCCACCAAUCCGGACGCCGAACAACCCGGACCGUCGUCGAAGCCCUCGACCAGUGGAAAGCCGGGAGGCAGUUCUUCGCUUAAGCCAAUCAUCCCCAACAAGCGGGCCCUCAUCAGCGACAAAAUUGGCGACGAUCCCAUGUUUAAAAAGUCCAAACAGGAUUACAGCGUGGCGAAGGACCCGAACGCCACGGACGUGUACAAGUCGCUGUUUACGACGCACGAAAGCGAAAAGGACCAGCAGCGCGCUCAUUGGGUUACGUACAAUCCGUUUUAUAACUAAAGAAAGGCGUUUUAUUACAACUGAUUGAAAUGUAACUGAAUAAUAUAGAACAUACUGGAAUAUCUUAAUAAAAGUAAAUUUAUUAAAAGUA